AAAAUGGCUGACCUAGCAACCGCGGCGUCUGGAGAUGCACUUCACGACAGUGGGGAUGGGAAUGACAUCAGGGUUGCUGGUCACCAUGGUAAUCAGAACAGGAUGGAGAAAGCUUCGCAGGGAAAAAAGAUGCAGUUCCUUCGAACCGCGGAGAACCUCAGGAGACAGGUUGACAAACUUGAAAAAGAAAAGGGCCUCAGUAAUCAAAGCAGGAAUUUGUUUCGAGAUGACUCCGGAACGAUAGAAGACUUGGAAAGCAAACUCACGCAUGACCGUACAACGGAGGUAACGAAGCUGCAGCAGCAGCUGAAGAAAACGCGCGCCGGUGUGACCCGGUUCCAGAGACAGCUGAUGGAUGUGAAGCCCACGCCAGAACUAAUUGAGAAGCUGAAAGAGAUCAUGACCGAAGUUGAAAAUUCCAUCCGCACUUUCAAAGAAGAUAAACACCAGAGCUACGAGGAGCUCUUGAAGAGAGAGUACACGUGCUGGCAGGAGGUGUGCACCCUGGAGAAGAAGAUCGGGGCGUGGGCCUUGGCCGGGGCGUCGGGUUCGAAGGCCCCCCUGGCCCCCCCGGCCCACGCGGCCAAGGUGUGCCUGCCCAACGCGCUGCCCCCCGAGGUGAACGAGCUGGAGCGCUUCCUCCUGCUGACGGGGGGGCGGCAGGGGGGGUGGGACCAGUACGACCACGAGGUCUUCCUCCGGGAGCGGGGCAAGAGGAGCGGGCGGGACGUCCUCCCCCACGUGCCGGGGAAGCGGGGGGAGGAGGUGGUGCAGCACGAGGAGUGGUACCAGAGGCUGCUCCUCCUCGAGGAGAAGAAGAGGGAGGCGAUCCUCAAAUGGAGGACUCAGAAGGAGCGGAGCAGAGAGCAGGAGCUGAGGCGGCAGAAGGAGGAGGAGGAGGCGGCGAGGCGGGAGGAGGCGGAGCUGGCGGAGGCGCAGCAGCGGCAGGAGGAGGAGGAGCGGCGGGAGGCGGCAGCUCGGCUGGAGGCCUGGAAGGCCGAGAGGAGGGCCCAGGAGGACACGGAGCGGGAGAAGCAGGUCCGGGAGGAGGUGCUCCACAGGAAGAAGGCCAAGGAGGAGCGGCGCAGGCAGCAGGAGGCCAAGCUGGCCCUGGAGGCGCACAUGCGUGCGCGGAGGCAGCAGCAGGAGCUGCUCCUCAUGGAGAGGGAGUACCAGGAGCAGGAGGAGAUGGAGGAGAGACAGAGGGCUGCUGCCGUCGGGAUUAAAAUCUUCCAGGAAAGGGAUCUUUUCAGGCUGGAGGUAAAACUGCAGGAGAAACAGAUCAAGGAGGAGGAGGAGGCAGAACGACAGAAGAGGCUGGCCAAGAUGAAGGAGAAAGUGGAAGCGCACGUCAGCCGCGACCCGUCCAGACUGUGCAAGCCCACCCAGGGGUGGCAGGAACGUACCAAAGUCGUCGGGCCGACGGGGGGAGGACCCGUGUCGCAGAGGUUCCACAGAGCUGUGCCGAGCUGGAGACGAGACUUAUGACCGGGAGCCCCGCCCCGCCCCGCCCCGCCUUCCAGAACGGCCCUCCACAUUCGUGUACGCCUUCACGUGCAGGAUGGACUUGCACACUGCAGAAACAUUAUUUUUAUGUCUGGCAUGUCAUUUUGCUAUCAAGCUGCUUUGUAUUGAAUGUAUUAAUGUAUUGGACACUUGGAAGAGUCAUUCAAUUUUUUUUUUACAUCGUCACAAUGAUUUGAUAGCUGUAUCAAUAAUGUAUGAACCCUGCUUCCUUUUACUCUGAUGGUACUGGGUCAGUUUCCACCUCAUCCUCCAGCUCUUGUGCUGUAAGUUGUCUUUACCAGGCUUUUCUGUAUGGUCCCUUCUGUACGAUAUUCCGAACACACACCUCAAAAGCAGGAACACCAGGAAAAACGGGAAUGGAACGUGUGUACGGAGCAAGUUGCUAAACUGAACAAAUGGUGCUAAAAUGUAAGCAUACAGAGUAGUUUUAGCAAGCAUAUUUUAAAAGCAACAGACGCAAAUGUAGAGCCACAUUUUAAAUAAUGUAUAACAUGAUGAAGUUCCAGCAGCAUGUAUACAGUAUUAUAUCCAAUACUUUCACUUAAAUAUUAAAAAGGUACGACUGUGCAGACUUAUAACCAUUAUCAAACUGCAUUCAGCGGUGAAACCGAAGGACUCAAUCUCAAAUACUGCUGCUAAGAUAUAAAAGCAAAAAUAAUUAUACUUGAAAAUUUCAGUCUAGUCUCCUCUAUCAAUAUUGCAUUUUCUACAUACAUUUGAUCUCAGAAAAUGAGGCUACGUGUAGAUCUGUGUCUUACCGACUGCUGAUGAAAUGUUCUACAGUGCUGUGACUCAUUUCUCCUUACAACUUCGCCAUUUCUGCUGUAAGAAAAAUAAAGUAAAAUGUCUAUCCCUGAUGGUUUACUUCCUCAUUGCACAUAUUAACGCAACAAUGUUCUGGGUCUGCAUUACUCUACAUCACCCGGUCCUGUGUGUCAGAACCACCAGUUUUUUUUGUCUUAAAUCUGUUCCGAUAUGUGACAGACUGCUUUAUUAAAGCUAACUUUCAGAGUUUUAAUGCAAGCAUAAAAUAUCAUGUAGGAAAUUGGGGCACAGCAAAUCAUACACAUC